CUUAUUGUUUUGAAAUUUAUUGAGUAACUUUAGCUACCAAUUGUGCCAUAUACAAAGCACCCAAUUGUAGUUUAGUGUGCUUAAUCAAUUCUAAUACUUGUUUGCCAAGUUCAAUUUUGGUUUAGUUGAAAAAGACAUCCACAUCAUAAAAGUAGCCACAUAUUUUCUCCAAUUAACAAAGCUCAGACUCGCAACCUUUUUUGUGAUCGUUGAAAGAGAAGAUGGACCGAGAUGAUGCAGUAUUAUUUGAUGAUGAUGAUAACGAAGAGUUGAGAAAAUCUUAUGAAAGAGUCAGAAAGCUUUCUAAGGAAAAGCAAAAGGGCCUUACCAAAACUUUUCCAGAGUCAAUUGCUUCCCUAAUUAGUGAUUCAACCUUUGAUAAAAAUCCAAUUUCUGUAUCUGGAGAGUCACAAGUUGUCUUCACAGAGAUGGGAGAUUUUGUCUGGGGUCUUCAGUUUGAUAAAUUAAAAGAACAAAAACCUAGUGUUGAUGUGCUGCCAAAACAGGAAGAGGAACCCUCUGUAAAAGAGGAGAAAUCGGAAAUAAUUCCAUAUAAGACGAUACGUGAAGUUCCAAUUGGGAAGGCUUUGUCAGAGGCACUAAGAUUUUUGAGAGAACGAGGUACACUCAAGGAGGGAGAUAUUGAAUUGGCUGGUCGAAACACGGAUAAGAAGAAAAGCAAGCUCGUCGGCGUUCGUGGUGGUGAUGAGGAAGGGGGAAAAGAGAUACACAUUGACAGGACAGAUGAAUUUGGGCGAAAUCUAACUCCAAAGGAGUCUUUUCGGUUGUUUUCACAUCAAUUUCAUGGGAAGGGGCCUGGAAAGAAGAAGCAAGAGAAACGUAUACGGCAACACCAGGAGGAACUGAAGAUGAAAAAUCCAUCACUAUCUGUAGAGAGGAUGACAAAAUCUCAGGCUCAAUUAGGUGGACAUAUUCAACCAGGGCAAAUUAGUGGCAUUAAACGCAAGUCUGAUUCAGGACAAUAUUCGCGCUGCCGUAAAUUCCGUAAUCAGAUCUUGAUUUAUGUAUCAUCAUUCGUUCCUUGUUAUGAAAAAUACUGCACAAGAUGAAGGUCAGUGAUCGGAAUAAUUUUGUUCCCUGUUAUGAUUGCUUAAGCUGUGUUUUAGAUGCUUAACGGUAUUACUGAAUGAUGCAGGGCAUACAUGUCAAGUGUGUAUGUGUGACUGGAAAAGGCCCAUUCUGAGUAAUUCUCAAGUUUUUGUUUCGUAGGUCAUUUGAGUUCUUGUUGAAUUUAUAAGAAUCAAUAUCAGUGUAAUAAGUUUGAAUAUCUUGAAGUAGUUUUAGAUUAUAGCAACAAAUCUGUACUGAAAUCUCUGGUGUAUGCAAUCAAACAUUAAUAGAAAUAACCUAUUUGUACGGUCAAACAACGUUGUCGGAGAGUGAUGUCAUCAAGUGGUAGGCUGUGCUACUACCAGCAAUCGAUUCUUGAAUGUAAGCUCUAAAUGGCAUGUUGAUUGUAUUUAAAAUCAGUUGACAUUGUAUAAUUAAUUCAUAGUGAAGUGUAUUGGG